GGGCUAAAAGGGGAAUGUACAAUCAGUCGAAGAACACGCGGGGAAAUUGGUUCUGGUUUCUAGGGUUUAAUCGGGCUCUGCGAUUCCACCCGCAGAGCAUCCAAUUCGUUUCCCCAUCGCUCCGAUCAAUCAAAGUUCACAAAUUCUAGGUUUUUUUCAAGGUUGAAGGUGGUAUUGCGACGAUGACUCGGGUUUAUGUUGGGAAUUUGGACACUCGAGUGAACGAGAGGGAUUUGGAAGAUGAAUUCCGGAUGUUCGGCGUUCUUCGCAAUGUAUGGGUUGCACGAAGACCGCCAGGAUAUGCAUUUAUUGAAUUUGAUGAUCGCAGGGAUGCUCUAGACGCGGUUCAAGCUUUGAAUGGUAAAAAUGGAUGGCGUGUGGAGCUUUCUCACAAUUCUACGGGUAGUGGAGGCCGUGGUGGUGGUGGACGUGGGCGUGGUGGAGGAGAGGACUUAAAGUGUUAUGAGUGUGGUGAACCUGGUCAUUUUGCUCGAGAAUGUCGCACGCGCGUUGGUUCACGAGGAGUGAGUGGUGGAAGGCGUCGAAGUCCAUCCCCUCGACGCCGCAGAAGUCCCAGUUACGAUGGCUGUGGGCGCAGGAGUUAUAGUCCGCGUAGGAGAAGAUCACCUCCACGACGCCGUAGUGUCACACCUCCUCGACGUGGUCGGAGCUACAGCAGGUCUCCUCCACAUCGCCCUGCUCGUCGUGCUUCACCUUAUGCCAAUGGGGACUAAGCUGGAAUUGGAGCAACUGCUGGAUGACUUGGAAGGAUGAUUUCUCUGCUAUAUUGUAGUUCUAGUAGGAUUGACGAGAAUCAUGUUAGUUAUGUCGAUGUCGUGACAAUGGGUUUUAUUAGAAACUUGGAUUGGAUGACUUGGACAUCAUUUGCAUCGGCUUUCUCACUUCUGCGUGCUAAAAAUUAGAGGUUGCUUUCCUACUUUGAAGUUGCCAUAUUAUAUCUGUUUAUAUAUGAUUUUAUGUGAACUCUUUCUUUGUGGUUGGAUUUUCAUUGUUUGCAUUAGAUGUUCCUAAAGUUUGUUUGUUUUGAUUUGAGGUGUAUUUUCGGCUAAAACGGCUUCGUUUCAACACUUACUGCAUCUUAGCGCUCACAAUUUCUAUCUCUGCUCUGCAUCCAUCGAAGUCUUCUUCUUGCACGAACUUUGGUACUUUGGUUGCACGCGACACCUUUUUAUUGCAUUCUUCUCCAGCAGAGCUUCAUGAACACCCUUUUUUGUUGGUUCAAGAAGAUGAAGUUGUUUGUCGCCUUCCCCACCUUGGCACCUCUGCACAACAUGUACGUUGGAUGUCUACGCGUUAAUCUGCUUCUCUUUCCUUGAGAAAUUUGGACGCAACUGGCCAAAUUAGAGUGUGUCAUCAUCUACCGUGUAUCACAGUAAGACUCCACUUCUUAGUUCUCCACUUGCUGAUCGAAGAAGGUGAGUUUGGUUCUCAGUGGUUGAGAGUUGAGCAUUUAUGGUAGUAGUCUUUGAGCGAAAUAGUAUGGUUGGUUAAUCUACUGACUAAGUCCCAAUGAGCUGACGAUCUUUUUUGCUUGUGGAGUCCGUUUCACCCCCAUCAUUAGUCACAAAGGCUUGGUUUUUGACAUCUUCUGGUUGCGGUACUCUUAUUUGUGCAGCAUAAUUCAAACCUACCACAUACUAUACAAGACUAACCAUUCUUUUUUUAUUGUAUGUUCUUUGUUUGACUAUUGUAAUUAACGAUCCAAUUAGUGGAUGUUGCGAACAGUUAAAAGAAUCGAAUACCAUAUUCUGAACAA